AACGUUGAUCUUCAAAAAAGACUUCUUUUCCCGGUGUUGAGGGAAAAGAUUGAAGAAAUUUGGGAUGGAGAGCACGGAAUCAUUUUCAUUAAGAAGUGCUUACACAACAAAAAGGUUCUUCUUGUACUUGAUGAUGUGGAUCACAUAAACCAACUACAAGUACUAGCUGGAAAGGAAGAUUGGUUUGGCAUGGGAAGCAGAAUUAUCAUUACAACUAGAAAUGAACGUCUGCUAGUCGAGCAUGGCAUAACAUUAUAUCAUAAUGUUGAGGUGUUAAAUGAUGAUGAAGCUCUUGCACUGUUUAGCCUGCAUGCCUUUAAGAAAAAUAUGCCCGAGGAUGGGUUUUUGGAACUGUCCGAGUGUUUCAUUAAAUAUGCUGGAGGCCUUCCAUUAGCUCUUAAAACUUUUGGGUCGGCAUUGUUUAAGAGAGGGCUAGAUUUUUGGAAUAGUAAACGGGAUAAUCUGUCAAAAAUUCCUAAUACAGAAAUUAUUCAUAAACUUAAAAUAAGUUAUGAUGAACUAGAAGAGAUGGAGAAGAGCAUUUUUCUUGACGUUGCAUAUCUCCACAAAGGGAAGUACAGAAUGGAAGUAAUUGAAAUACUAGAUAUUUCUUUUGGAAUUUCUAGUAGUACUAUGAUAGAUGUACUAAUUGAGAGAUCUCUCCUCUAUCACGAUUGCAACAAAUAUAUAUGGAUGCAUGACUUGAUACAAGAUAUGGCACGUGAAAUUGUUCGUCAAGAGUCUAAAGAGCCUGGUCAGCGCAGUAGGUUGUGGCUUUACGAUGACAUCGAUCAGAUAUUUAGGAAGAAUAAGGGAACGGCAGCAAUUGAAGCCAUAUCCUUACGCUUGUCCAACGUAGAAGAGGUGCCCCAGUGGAAUUGCGAAGCCUUCUCUAAGAUGGAGAGACUGAGGUUUUUGGAAUUCAAUAAUUUGAUCUUUUCUUCAGGCCCCAAAUCUCUUCCAUGUUCCUUGAGAAUUAUAAAUUGGAGUUGGUAUCCUUCUAAUUUUCUUCCAACAAGCUUUCACCCGCACUUUCUUGGUAAACUUGAGAUGCGUAAUAGCAAUCUUGUUCGUUUUUUGGGGGGAAAAGUGGACUUGCCCAACUUGAAACAUAUCGAUCUUAGCAACUCCAAUAAAUUGAAGAGUACCCUAGAUUUCAAUGGUCUUCCGAAUCUUGAGGAGUUGUAUCUUUCCGCUUGUAUGAAUUUAGUUGAGAUACAUCCAUCUAUUGCAGUCCUCAAAAGACUUAAAGUUUUGCACCUUUGUGACUGUGAAAGCAUUAAGAGCCUCCCAAGUAAGGUUGAAAUGGAUUCUCUUGUAGAUUUCAAUCUUGGUGGCUGCUCAAAUGUGAAAACGAUUCCAGAAUUUGGGGAGCAGAUGAAGAAUUUAUCGUCGCUCACGUUAGACAACACUGCGAUCGAGAAAAUACCUUCAUCAAUUGGACAUGUGGUUGACCUUUGGCGUUUUAGUCUACGGGAAUGCAAAAAUCUCUUGUACCUUCCAAGGGCUAUUUGUAAUUUGAAGUCUCUUAAAUGGCUCGAUGUGGGUAGAUGCUCAAAGAUUGACAAACUUCCAGAAGACAUGGAUCACUUAUCUUGGCUUAUAGUGGGACCCACUAUGACAAAGCCGUUUGUGGGUAUGAAAAAUCUCAAAGUUCUAAUAUUUGAAGCCACUACCAAUUGUUUAGAAUUCAUGGCCAUUCGAAACGAUUUAAGGCCAAUAGGAAUUCAUGCCUUGAAUAUAUGCAUCACGUGGCUUUCACGUGGAGCUAAACAGCCAAUCAACUAG